GUUGUUCGUAGAAAUGUUAACCUAAAAGACACAUUGUUUUUUUUAAAUAUAAGAAAGAUAUAUUAUAUGUUCGAUGUGAACGCAAAUAUGUAUAAUAUAAAUUAAAAUAUGUAUUAGAAGUUAUAAAUUGGAAUCCACAACACCAUGGCACACAUAACGUUUUCGAUAAAAAGUAAAAUGUUGCAUUUGUUUGCAGCUGUUAUGCUCAUUAUAUUGUUCAAUGAGUAUCUUAUUUACUAUUUAAUACAAUUUAAGUGCAAUUGGCCCAACGUCACAGAACAAUCACAUAACCAAUACAUUAAAGCUCUUAUUUUAUCUGAUACACAUUUGCUUGGCAAACGAAAAGGCCAUUGGUUUGAUAAAUUACGUCGAGAAUGGCAAAUGCAUAGAGCAUUUCAAACAGCUAUUGCCCUACAUAAUCCAGAAGUGGUAUUUAUUUUAGGUGAUAUAUUUGAUGAAGGUCUUUGGGCUAAUAAAGAAGAAUUUAAUGAAUAUCAUAAGCGAUUUAAUGAUUUAUUUAAACUACCUAAAAAUAUAGAAAUGUAUGUGGUUGCUGGGAAUCAUGAUAUAGGCUUUCAUUAUGAAAUAUUCAAAUCUCGAGCAGAACGGUUUUCGAUUACAUUAAAUGCACCUCCUGUUCGUAUUAUAACUCUUAAGAAUGUACAUUUUGUACUAAUUAAUUCAAUGGCUAUGGAAGGUGAUGGAUGUUUCUUAUGUCGACAAGCUGAAAAUCUGGUUUAUAAUAUAUCAGAGACUUUAAAAUGUUGGGAAGGUGUAGUAAGUUGUGAUAAGGUUGUUCAAAAGAAACAUUAUAGUAGGCCGAUUUUAAUGCAGCACUUCCCAUUAUAUAGAAAAUCAGAUGCCUUGUGCAAUGAAUGGGACUCACUACCUACAAAUGACCAUUUCAGAGAGAAGUGGGAUUGCCUCUCUAAAGAGUCAACACAAUUUUUGAAAAAUACUAUUAAUUUUCGUGAGGCCUGGUCAGGUCACACACACCAAGGAUGUAUUUAUCAACAUUGGGAGAAUCCUAUAGUUUACGAGUAUACAGUUGCUUCAUUUAGUUGGAGAAAUAGAAACGAUCCCAGUUAUAUUUUGGCCCUGUUCUCAGUUGAUGAUACUCUUAUAUACAAAUGUGCCAUGCCAACAGAAAAUACAGUUAUAAAUAUAUAUAUUUUGUCUAGCUUUGUGAUAAUUUUGUGCUUGAUAACAUAUUUUUAUAGAAGC